UCCAGCUCUGAGGAACCAGAAGACACCACUACGGGUGGGCAGAGAAGCUCGGGGCACCCCGGGAGCCCACCGCGCCCGCCCCGCUGGAGCCCCGGGAGCACGGCCGGUCCAGGAGGACAUUUGUGAAGUCAGUGCAUUUUUGACUCAAUGGGGCUGAAUUGGUUGUAAAGUGAUUGAUUGGUUUUACAAGCAGGAUUUAUGAACAUCUGUUUCUCCAUUGAAUGAAGUUUUAGGCUAUCUAUAAGGCUCAUAGCCAGGCAAGCACUAUUCCUAAUAUAUACAUGUUACAAAAUGUCCUAUGCUUGAGAUCUACAGACAACAUGUCCUACAGGAACUAAUCAGUGGUCUUUCAUCUCCUGGAGAUACAUUAGAAGCAUAAAUAUGGUGCCAAAGGAACUCCUUAUCUUUCUCUGACUACAGUUUAUUUGGACAUACUUUUGUAUUUGAAGAGAGGCAUACAAACUGAGGUUACUCAUUGUGCAAAGACUCUGUUGUAUAGGAUCAUGGACCAUCCUGGUAGGGAAAAGGAUGAAAGACAACGAACAACUAAACCCAUGGCACAAAGGAGUGCACAUUGCUCCCGAUCUUCUGGCACGUCAUCAUCCUCUGGGGUUCUCAUGGUGGGACCCAACUUCAGGGUUGGCAAGAAGAUAGGGUGUGGUAACUUCGGAGAGCUCAGAUUAGGUAAAAAUCUCUACACCAAUGAAUAUGUAGCAAUCAAACUGGAACCAAUAAAAUCACGUGCUCCCCAGCUUCAUUUAGAGUACAGGUUUUAUAAACAGCUUGGCAGUUCAGGUGAAGGUCUCCCACAGGUAUACUACUUUGGGCCGUGUGGGAAAUAUAAUGCCAUGGUGCUGGAGCUCCUUGGCCCUAGCUUGGAGGAUUUGUUUGAUCUCUGUGACCGAACAUUUACUUUGAAGACAGUGUUAAUGAUUGCUAUUCAAUUGCUUUCUCGAAUGGAAUAUGUACACUCAAAGAAUCUCAUUUACCGAGAUGUCAAGCCAGAGAAUUUCCUGAUCGGCCGACAAGGCAAUAAGAAAGAACAUGUUAUACAUAUUAUAGACUUUGGACUGGCCAAGGAAUACAUUGAUCCUGAAACCAAAAAACACAUACCUUAUAGGGAGCACAAAAGUUUAACUGGAACUGCAAGAUAUAUGUCUAUCAACACACAUCUUGGCAAAGAGCAAAGCCGGCGUGAUGAUUUGGAAGCCCUAGGCCAUAUGUUCAUGUAUUUCCUCCGAGGCAGCCUACCCUGGCAAGGACUCAAGGCCGAUACAUUAAAAGAGAGAUAUCAAAAAAUCGGUGACACCAAAAGGAAUACUCCCAUUGAAGCACUCUGUGAGAACUUUCCAGAGGAGAUGGCAACCUACCUUCGGUAUGUUAGGCGAUUAGACUUCUUUGAAAAACCUGAUUAUGAGUAUUUACGGACCCUCUUCACAGACCUUUUUGAAAGAAAAGGCUACACCUUUGACUAUGCCUACGAUUGGGUCGGGAGACCUAUUCCUACUCCAGUAGGGUCAGUUCAUGUAGAUUCUGGUGCAUCUGCAAUAACUCGAGAAAGCCACACACACAGGGAUCGGCCAUCACAGCAACAGCCUCUUCGAAAUCAGACUGCAUCGUCAGAGCGCCGAGGAGAGUGGGAAAUCCAGCCCAGCCGGCAGACCAAUACCUCAUACCUGACGUCUCACUUGGCUGCAGACCGCCAUGGGGGAUCAGUGCAGGUGGUUAGUUCAACCAAUGGAGAGCUGAACGUGGAUGACCCCACUGGAGACCAUUCGAACGCACCAAUCACAGCUCAUGCUGAGGUGGAGGUAGUGGAGGAAGCUAAGUGCUGCUGUUUCUUUAAGAGGAAAAGGAAGAAGACUGCUCAGCGCCACAAGUGACCAGUGCCUCCCAAGAGUCCUCAGGCCCUGGGGACUCUGACUUGAUUGCACCUGCAGCUCCUGCCAUUUCUCAUUGGAAAAGACUCCUUUGUGGGGGAGGAUAGAGAUCCAAACCAAAAAGAAGAAAACAGAUGCCCCCAGAAGGAGCCAGUGUGGGCAGCCAAGGCCCAGUGGAUCAGUGGCCAUCCCAAACCUGUCUGACGCUCUGAGCAGGUCCCAGAGCUGCUGCUCUUACACUGCUUGCCCAUGGGGCUGCUUGGUCAACUCUCCUUCCCAUUGUUUACAGUGAAGGUGUCAUUCACAAAAACUCAAGGACUACUGUUCUCUUCCCACCUCUUCUUUUCUCCUGGUUCUUGUUCUACCCUGAACCCUCUCCAGGAUCAAAGCUAGUGAGCAGAAGGCUUUGUCUAAGGAAAGGGGCUCAAGAGGUUGGGGGUAUUGCCAAGGAGGUAGGAGGAAGAUGGUAGACCUGGGCUGGAGGAGAACCUUCUCUGGUUCCUAGGUGUGUCUGGCAGUUUGGCUUCCUUUCCCUCUGCUCUUGGGCAGCCUCUAGCCCAGUGGCCAGGUUCCUUCUUCCUUCCCUCCUGCAAAAUUACACUGUAGGACACAAGCUGUGAGAAAUCUGCAGUCUACUGUCCCUGUGUGUUGGCGUUCUUAGCUCUUUUGACAAAUUCCUUUCUCCAGGCAGUGGUAGGACAUGCAAAUUGCUCUGAGCAAAGGAAAGAAAACUGACUUUUUUGCACUUUUAGUUUUUUUUUUGUUUUUGGUUUUUUAAAAAAAAAGAAAAAAGAAAAAAAAAACCACGGCAGAUGCAUAUUGUGUCUGGUUCUAUUGGGGGUUUUAUUUUUUUCAGUUGUGAGGGAACAGGCCAGCCAAGCCAUUCAGAGAGAACCUGGGUCCAGAGGACAGACUCAAUGGAAAGUUCGACUUGCAGCCCCCGGAAGAGAAGAAGCCAAACUCUGUCACACUGAGUAAAUACUCAGGUUGACAAGGAAACAUACUUGAAUUUUCAUUCAUCUUCUCAGCUGCUGAAGAAAAGUCCCCACCAGAGCCUCUUGACCUAAUGAGCCUGCAGUUUGUAAGCCCAGCUCUCCUGCAUGUGAAGUGAGCAGCCCAGCCAGACUGACCAGGAGACAGCCCGUCCCAGAGAGCAGAUGCUUAACAACAAGAAAACAACACAAAUGUCUUUUUCCUUCACUGCCAGGGACUUCCUACUAGAUAGCCAUGUUGACUCUCUGGUGACAAAAUUACUGAUUAAACAGCCACCACCACAAUGCCACUAGUGGACAAAAAGAGUGAACCUGCCUUCCAGCUAACUGCCAGAGAAGCCUUGGGGUACAGCAUCAUAUGUCCAGGAAAAGAAAAUUGGUAAUACCCUGGCUGCCUCAAUACUGAGUUGUAGCAUUCAGGCUGGCCUGCCUUAUCAGAAACAAUGCAUACAAAGAUGUCCAACCAGGUCUGUAACUGCAGGUUAGAACUUGGCACAUAUGGCUGCCAGUGACCAGGAGGGUAGGAUUGGUUGGUGCUGGAAAAAAAAAAAUACUGGUGAAAGGAUACUGUAGAGAAAAGGUCUAAAAUUAUGUUCAGUUGAACAUAGACUUCUUCCAGAUAAGAUGGCCAUGCAUCUACGCACGUUUUUUUCCAGUGCACCAUCUCUACCCGCCACCAUGCCGUAUUUGCAUGACGUGCUUACAGCAGAAAAUCUUGGUUCCUCGUUCCCUGUUUUGAGGACCUAAUAAUAUGUGGGGGUGGGUAACUCUUGUCCUGCUCCAUUUUCGUUCGAGUUAAGUGGCCUUUCCAAACAGUGACUUCUCAUUCCAGAUGUGACCGAAGGGAUUUUUCACAUCAGGAAAAGAGGUCUGGUAUCUGAGAGCGAGGAGCUAAGCGUGCAGGACAGUGGCUAGUGACUUGGGGAACACGGAAGUUCUUGCCUCUGGCUUGUGGAGGGCUGUCUUUUGAACUGGAGUAUGGGGAUAUUUUCUGGUAGUUGACAUUUCCUGACACAUCACUGGACGUAGCUUACAUAGAACAGAAGUAGCAUUCUUGUAAGUCAGCCCUUGGCCUUCACCUGUUCCAUUGAAUCUUAACUAGGGAAUAAGCUCUUCACUGGCUCCUGCCCUGCUCAGCUCGCUAUAUAAAGACUGCAAUCUGCCAUUUCUUUACAAGGAAUGUUUCUGCAUAUGAAAUAGUGGCAGGGAGAGACUGUCACACCUUUCCCCACAGGAAUAUUGGAGUCUGCUUCCUUGUUGUUCCUUCCUAGUGCUUAAAGUCCAUCACCGAGAUUUUAUGAUCUCUCAUUUGGCAUUUGGGCAACUUUUAACUCCCCAUGUAGAAACUUUGAGCGUCCUCAUCCCAGCAUAGAAAAUGCCUUGCCUCUCAAAGGAGGGCAGGGGAAAUGGUGGCAAAGCCUGGAGCAUCCUGGCACUCUGUAUCCCCCCUAAGUGCCUCCCCCCUCCCCCCUGCAUGCGCAGGAGAAAAAAAAAAUCAAAGACAGUAAGCAGCUUGGCUUUGGGACUGUCUUGCUGAGCUCUUUUUUCUUUUGUCUAACUUUAGCUUGAGUUGUUAGCAGGAGUGGGGAAGGGUGCUUGCUACUGUAUUGUCCUCACCCUCCAGCCCCUGCAAAUUCCCACCUUACUAGAUGUUUAGGUUUUCAAGACAAAGCUGAAGAGCUCUAGGUCCCUUUAGCAUGCAGGGUAAUGGUGAUUUUUUUUCCAAGGCCAUUGACACUCCAAGGUGGUCUCAGACCUAAGAUACUCUGUUUUGAUUUCCUUAAAAAAAUUUUUUUUUAAAAAAACGAAAACCCCUCAAAACCAAGGACCCCAGCAGCAUUUCGGCCACCAAUUCCAUUCCCACCAGCACACCAGCUCCCCCCCCUGCCCUGUCCAUUUCAAAGGUAAUCCCUCUCCCUGCCUAUGCCCUAAAUCCACUUGAACUUAGUUAAGAGUUGUCUCCAUUUCACAGCUGUGAUGCCUGAGGAUCAUUUUCUUUUGAGAAGAAUGUCAUCAUGUUAAGGCUCAGCAUCUGUUCAUUGAAAUCCAUUAGGAGUUCUCGCAAGCCCUCGCAUCCCUCAGGUACUGAAGCCUGCACAGACUGGGGCAAACAGGCCAGGAAGCCACCGGGACUUAUGCCUGUGCAGUCACGAGGCUCAAGUGUGAAUCACUUGGCCUCUCAUACCUUGGCACUUUGCUGAGUUCUGAUUCCAGACUUCCUACUAGAGAGAGUGGAGCAUCCUGCUAGCGGUGAGCAUUCAGGACUGCCUUAAUCACCAUUCUGUGUCAGCGUCUGUCUGAGCCAAACAGGGUUCAGGAAGAUAUGUAAUGACUAGAUUAGCUGCUAGUUCAAGAGCUGCUGCAGGCAGCAGAGAUCCUGAGGUUUCAAGUAGAAGUGUCGAUUAUUUAUUUGCAGUGAGCUCCAAAUAUAUAGAAAUGGUCCCUGUCCAUCUUCUCUAAAGUAACUUUUUCAAACUUUCACCCUAAAUCAGUAGAAAUGUGCUACUAGCUCUGCUUCAGUGUCAAUUUUCAGUGUUAGUAAUCACUUUAAUGCCUGAAAAAUAUGCAAGUGGUAAUGUUACAUUAAAGUGAUCUCUAACAUCAUAGCCUUAACUUUUUCUUUUUUUUUUUUUCCAACAUGGAUGAUAGAAUCCCUUCCUAGUGAGCAAGCAUGGCUGCAUUCCUCAAUGAGCAAGCAGCCCUUAAAGGAACUUGAUUCUCUGAUGCAUCCCUCCCAAACCUACCUGCCUCCUGUAUCCAGGCCAUUGCCACCAGUUUUCCAGUCCCACCAAGUUGCCCUGACCUGACAAUGUUCCCCAGCGUCAGAACCAUGCUGGGGCUAGGGCUUCUCAUAUUGGGAGUUUGUAAGGCCAUACAGCCAACAUUGCCUUUGCCAGGCCACUGCCACCAUCCCCAUGGUUACCCCUAGGUGGUGAACGAAUUACAAAGACCCUCAGGGAGCCAGGAAUACUAGGUACUCCAUCUGGAUGGGCCAUGUGGAUGACAGGCAUUUAGCUAUGCUGUUCUUGGUUUUGCAGACUCCAAGUAAGUCCCAUCUAGAGACUGAUCACCAUGACUUCCCCGUGCUGGGAUUUCUUCCUUUUGAGUCUGGGUUUUUUGUUUUUGUUUUUUUAAUUUUUUGGGGGGGGUGGGUGGAGGCUGAUUCUGUGAAAAAGAAGAGGCAAAUGGCCAUUCUGUUAGCUUUGUAGAGUUUUGAGCAGUGUUUUUGCCAUAAGUUUUGGAGUCUUUGGCCCAAUCAACAGUCUUAAAAAUGUGUUCCCUUACUCCUUUUGCACGUGACUUAGGUGCAGAAGAAUAGGUUUCUCAUUGUAUUCAGAAUAGUAAAUAGGUCCCUGAUAUAGGCAAUAGUAGUUGACAUAUUUUCUCAAAAACUAACCAGGAAACCCACUCCAGUAUUUGUAGGUCAGCUUACAAAGGAAAAAGUAAGCAUGUAUUCCAUAAUGUUUCUAGUCUGAUAACCAAACUUGAUGUUAUAAAGAAACCCCAGUUUAAUGUAGACGGGAUUUCUUUGACUUGUUUCUCUCUUACUCCUCACAAUCAUUUUUCCGGUGCCAUCACCACCUUUCAGGUCUUAGCAGUGGGUUAUCCACAGUAACAAAUUGGGGGUCUAGUGCAGCCAUCAUCCCAGGAAUGCACAAGGGGACCAUUGUCCGGACUGCCGCCCCUCCCCCCCAACAUGUCUUUCAGGGUAGGUGAGACAUUUUCAGUGUUCCUCUUCUUGGGCUCUAGACCAAAUCCCAGGCCAGCGUUUGCACCAAAAGUCUUUCAGAAGGCUUAUCAAUCUAUUAGGAGUGUCUUGGGAAAGAUGAGCCAUUUCUUUGGGAAUAAAUAUAUUUAUAGGUGUGGGGGGGUAAUGAUUGCAUGUGUGUGUGUACUCAUCUGUGUGAAUUUCACUAAGACAGCCAGGCAGCUGGGAGCCAGGAGUUCCCAAGUAUUUGCAGAGGUAAAUCAAGUGUCUAAGCAAGCUGGCUCUGGGAAUGAGGCCCUUUGUCAAGCAGAGAAAGUAACAGCAGAAAAGAUAAGAUACAAAACCAAAAAUAUAACUCCCCAGUGGAAAAUAAUGAUGAUUUAGCAAUUCCCAUUGUAUAUCUUACGUGAUCUAAUUUAUUAUAUUAUUAUUUGUCUGUUUCUUUCAUCUUUGCCCAUUAUACUCUUGAAAAGAUGUUGGAAUGUUGACUGAAUUUUUUUUAACUAGAUAAUGUAUAAAUCAACUGUGGAAAUUAGUUUUAAUCGUGUGACAUGUCUUGUAAAUGCCUUUUUGUUUUUACCUUUUUUUUUUUUUCCUUAAGAUAUGUAAUGUUUCCUAAACCCUGGCACUGGUCAGUCUCAGCUGUGAAAUUGAAACUUUGUAGUAUUUUAAACCAUGAAUGUCAAAUUUCAGGUGUAUUUGAAAUGGUUCCUCCAAGAGAGAGAUUUGUAGAGUAUUGGGGAAAAAAACGAUCUGCAGAGGAAGUAGCUGCCUUUGGAGAAAAUAGAAAAUGGGUCUUGAUGCAUUAUCUCAGAGUAGCCCAUCUCCUAGGGCACCAUGGAAAACACAAAUGGGAUCUUUAAGUAUACCUCUUCCCAAUUUGGGGAAGAAAGGACUCAGUUUGCACCCUUUUUGUAUGUACAAUAAAAUGUCUUACCUUUCUUGGCUA